CUCGUGACUUGCACACCACGGAGCCCCGUGUUCCUAUUUGCUAUAUCCGACAUGGAGUAUUUAUCUUCAACUCACUCUCAAUGAAUUCGAUGAACGAACAGCGCCAAGUCAGACAUCAUAAUCUGGGCUUUGGAAACUCCCUUCAAAUCUGCUUCCAGUAAUGACAUGUCCGAGGCGUCCAUUUACGUGUGUCUGGAGUUGCAGCCUUCAUCUAGAUGAACCCAAUUGCUACCGUCGACUGAACACAUAAAGACGCUAUAUCUAGGGGCUCUCUUGGCUUCCUCUCGUUAGGUUGCCAUAAACCGCCAUUGGUUCUACAAAUCUUCUAUAUCAGUUUCUGCCCUUUCCGCCUAAUCGGCGUGCUCUUCCAGGCCCAGUCCACCAAAGCGGACGCCGACCACUUCCUCGUUGUUGUCACAUCUUUUUAUCGAAAUGUCUUCAACAACUACAGGUUCUUCCUCAAAUGCUACUAAUGCAGAUCACAACGGAAGCAGCAGCACAAGUCCUACAAGCUCGCCACUCCUGUUUUUCGUCGCCUUAGGAUUUGGUGUUGUCUUCACCAAUCUAUGGAUCAUCGUUGGAGUAAAAUAUUGUUUUCGGUAUAACCAGCGCAAUCGCCAGAUGCGCGGCGAGGAAGCGGGCGAGCCCAUUGAUCUGGUAGCCAUGCCCCGAGCACAUCGAAGACGACGGGAAAAGAAGUUGAUGAGCAUGGAUGAUGUGAACGAAAGAUUUCCACUUAUUAAAUACAAGGCAUGGAGGUCAUCACGUGCGAAUGAAGGACUCUCCACCGCAGGGGGAAUAUCAGCGCCGAAUAGUACGUCGCAGAGUAUGAAAGACGAUGAUUGUCUACCGCCUGCUUUUCAAGCUCCUUCAUCCAUCAUGAUGUCGCCGCUUAAGGGUCACCAGCGUGUUGACUCUACAACGUCGGACGUUCCUGCACCGUUGGAACACUUCGCGACAACACUACCGCUCCCUGGGAAGAAUCCGAGAGAUCCCGAACCUGGCCACUCGGGGUCUCAACUCAACGACAAUGUCAACGAGACAACAGCAGAUGAACCUCGUAACUACGAACUCAAUCAUGUUAUUGUAGAUGACAUUGGGGAGGACGCCGCGGAAAUCGAAGACCAUAUUCUCACUGCUGCACCUGCUCAGCUCCUGGGAAAUCCCGGAGACACAUGUGCUAUCUGUCUUGAUACUAUUGAAGAUGACGAUGAUAUACGUGGACUUACAUGUGGACAUGCGUUUCAUGCUUCCUGUGUUGACCCAUGGUUGACAAGCCGGCGGGCUUGCUGUCCUCUAUGCAAGGCGGACUACUACAUCCCGAAGCCUCGCACAGAAGCUUGCGGUUCGGUCCCUAGCUCAGAACGCCCUAGUCGUCGUGUCAUGACACGCGCGUCAAAUCCAAGUCAACCCCAAGCUGUCUUCAUAGGUGGGCGAGUUAAUAUUCUGCGGUCCCCGUUGGCUUUGCCAGAAAGGCGUGUGCACCAGUCCCAUCAAACCAACAGAACUGGCUUCUCUAGGUUGCGUUUUUGGCGAUCACGCGAUUCUAACAACCGGCCAACUUCUACUAUGCUCGAUGUGUCGCCUGACCAGUCUGGUAAUAGGACACGGACGCCAUCCUCCAUGCGGCAUUUUGGCUGGAAUUUUAGUUUCGGAGGAAAUCGAGCGUCUUCAAGAGAUGUCACACGAAGUACUGAUACUCCGCGCUCGCAUGAUGAUAGAACUCCCGAACAACUGGAGGCCGGACCUACUCCUUGAGUAGUACCCAACUAGUCACUAAUGAGAGCCGCAUUGAUUGCAUAUGUCAAACAUGUGUUUGUCACACUCAUCGAUAUCUGGAAUGUCGAUUUGCGAAAGCGUGCUAGACACGCCCACUGCUGUGUAUAAUACUUUCAUGUGUUUAACCUAUUAAAACCUAGAUCCCUCCUUUUUGUUCAAUUGCCAAGGAUUCUUGAACUUCUUGUUUAAGCUUUUCCUUUUGCCGAGGCUUAUUUGACGGUGUCAAACAGUGAAUGAAUUGGUUCUAGAUGACAUCCAGCGUAAAGAACUGAUGUUAUUGGGCCUUUAGCGGGUAACAAAAGCAUCCCUCAAUUAAUUUCACAUUCACCGCACCUAUCUCCUCACCACUAGCACAUCUUAUAGACACACCCCAGCCUGUAUGUGCUUCUUUUUAUGGCCUAUACUUAGCAAAUCUUCAUCGCUGUCUUAUCUUGUCUGUUCUUUUAAUCAAACCUGAAUGGUAGCUAGGCCUGC